AUGGGGAGGGAAGGACAGGCAGCAUCCCCCUUCGCAGCAAGCCCUGUCCCCCGUCACCGCCUGCUCGGCCUCUCCCCAGGGCCCAGCGGCGUGAACCAGGGGGGUCUCUUUGUGAACGGCCGCCCCCUCCCUCCCUGCAAGAGGAAGAGGAUCAUCGAGCUGGCGGCAUGCGGCGUCCGGACCUCGGACAUCUCCCGCAGCCUCAAGGUGUCCAACGGCUGCGUCAGCAAAAUCCUGGGCCACUAUUACCGGACGGGGGCCACGGAGCCCAAGGCCAUGGGGGGCAGCAAGCCCCGCAUGGCCACCCCCGAGGUGGUGGCCAGGAUCGCCCAGCUGAAGCUGGAGCAGCCCUCCCUCUUCGCCUGGGAGAUCCGCCGGCAGCUGCAUGCCGAGGGCGUCUGCGCCAGCGACAGGACCCCCAGCGUCUCCUCCAUCAACCGGGUGCUGAGGAACCUGCCCAGCGACCUGCGGCUGGCGGCCCGGCGGGGAUUUGCGGGGGACGCGCUGCCGGGGCACCCUCCCCGGGGCUCCGCGUCCGGCCGGCGGGUCCCGCUCAGCACCCAGCACAGGAACAGGACGGUCUUCUCCAGCCGGCAGUCGGAGGCCCUGGAGAAAGAGUUUCAGAGGGGACAGUACCCGGACACCGUCACCCGGGAGAGACUGGCUGCGGCCACCCAACUCCCCGACACAACCAUCAGGGUCUGGUUCUCAAACCGAAGGGCGAGGUGGAGGCGCGAGGCCAAGCAGAAGCUGGAGGCCGGCGGUGCAGGCUCCUGGUGUGACUGGAUGCUGGCCAGUGGGGCGGCUGUGGCUGCUUUCUGCCCCCUCUCCACAACAGCCACCGGCCCCGCACAGCACCUCCCAACCUCCCCGCUGGCUCGCCACAGCCUCUCCACGGCCACGGCCACGGCGUCACCGCCUACCCCGGCCCCCGGCCCCGCUGCACCUCUGCGCCUCCGGCCCCUGCUCCUGGGAUGA